AAAUGGAUAUUGAAGAUUCGAAACCUGAUCUAAAGACAGAGGACAUUGAAGAUAAGGUCGCAGACGCCGAUAGCCCAACUGUCGAGAGAGUUAAUGACGAUGAUGAUGAUGAGGAGAACCCAAUAGAAGACAGAAUCGUCGAGGAAGACGACGAUGAGGAAGAACCUGAGGAAGCUGAAGAUGACGACGACGACGAAGACGACGAUGAACAGGACAGGGCAACAAAGAAGAAGCGUAGACAAAACAACCCUAAGAAUCGUUUCUUGGAUGUUGAAGCAGAAGUCGACGACGACGAAGAGGAAGCUGAUGACGAUGAUGAAGGCGCUGGUAAAGACUUAGAGUUCAUUCAGUAUAAUGACGAGCCAGAGGAGUCUUCGAGGGAUAUCAGAGGUGGCCACACUAGAUUAGAUAGGCGCAAUAGAGAACUUGAGGAUCAGGAUGCUGAAGCUGUCGCUGAGUCUUACAAGGAGAGAUACGGUAGAAUGAGGUAUCAGGGUGAAAUGAAUCAAGUACCACAGCGUUUACUCAUGCCUUCCGUCGAGGAUCCAAGCCUUUGGGGUGUCAGAUGUCGACCUGGCAGAGAAAAAGAUAUCGUUAUCUCUAUAAUGUCAAAGUUUAUCGCCAACGAAUGGGGUUCCCAACCUUUAGAAAUUUAUUCAGCUUUCUGUCGUGAUUCCAUCCAAGGUUUAUUCUACGUUGAAGCUCGUUCACCUUCACAUGUUUUAGAAGCAGUCAAAGGUCUAGUCGGUGUCUAUUCAAGUUCAGCCCCCGAUCGUAAACCUUUACUUAUUCCAGUUGAUGAAAUGGCUGAUCUACUCAAAAUAAAAAAACAAGUUAAAGAAGUCAAACCAGGUUCUUGGGUAAGAAUAAAAAGAGGCAAGUAUCAAGGCGAUUUGGCUCAAGUCAUGGACAUUACAGAGAAUGGUGAAGUUGCAGGUGUGAAAUUCGUACCAAGAAUAGAUCUUAAUCCAAAGGAAGAUAGCACUUCUGCUGGAGCCGCCGGAAAGAAGCGUAAAAAAGGUGCAAAUAGUACCGUUUCAUUUAGGCCACCCCAAAGAUUAUAUAAUCAUGCAGAUAUUGUUAGAGUAUAUGGUUCGAGAACCUCAGUAAAGAGAGGUGAUAAAUAUGUCUUUCAAAAUGAUACUUUUAGAGAUGGUUUAUUAGAGAAGGAUAUAACAAUUUCAGGUUUACAAACUGAAGAUGUUAAUCCACAAAUUGAUGAAAUAACCAAAUUUGCCAGUCAAAAUGGUGAAACUUCAUCUGGUGGUGAUAUUGAUUUAAAUAUGAUGGCCGAUGCAGUCAAACAAUCAGCUGCAAUUUUACAACCAGGUGAUGUCGUUGAAAUUUUUGAAGGACAAUUGACUGGUAUAAGCGGAUCAAUAGUUGCAUUACGUGGGGAUGUUGUAACAAUAAAAGCAAAUGUCGACGAAUAUUCUAAUCAGCAUAUUGAAGUUUUAUCACGUAGCGUUCGUAAGACCUUCUCCACUGGUGAUCACAUAAAAGUUAUAAAUGGUAAAUACACAGAUGAAACUGGUCUAGUUAUAUCAAUCAAUGAAAAGGAUAGUACUGUUACCUUCAUUUCUGAUAUGUCGCAAGAUGAGCUUUCAGUGUUCUCAAAAGAUAUCAGAGUUGCCGCAGAAAUUGGUGCUGCCCAUAAUACUGUUGGAAAUUAUGAAUUGCAUGAUUUAGUUCAACUUGAUCAACAAACAGCAGGUGUUAUCUUCAAAACUGAACAUAAUCAAUUUAAGGUUCUUGAUCACAAUGGUAAUGUAAGAACAGUUGGACCUAGACAAAUUUCAAUGCGUAGAGAUUCACGUAGAGCUGUUGCAACUGACAGUGAAAAUCAUGAUUUACGUAUAGGUGAUAUGGUAAAAGAAAUACAAGGUGAACAACGUAAAGGACAAGUUUUGCAUAUCCAUAGAUCCGUUUUCAUUUUCCUCUAUAAUAGGGAAAUAAGCGAAAAUAAUGGUGUGUUCAUAACAAGAUCAACAAUGUUAGCUUCAGUUGCACCAAAGACUUUGAAUAAUUCAAGUGUCGAUUUAUCACAAAUGAAUCCUGCAAUGAGUUCAAUAAGUCCACAACAAAGAGAAAAAGGUGGUAUGGUUGGUUCACAAAUGUUAGGCAAAGGUAUGAGGGAUAAAUUAGCAGAUAUACCCGUACAAAUUAUCAGAGGUUCUUAUAAAGGAAUGAUUGGCGUAAUUAAAGGUACAAACGGAAAUCAAAUUAGAAUUGAAUUGACCACAAAUUCGAAAAUCAUUUCUUUAGAGAAAGAAAUGUGUAUGAGGCGUCAUAAUAAUCAAUUGGUUAGUUUAGAUACCUAUGUUGGGCCACCAAGAAACCAACAGAACGGUGGUGAUAGAUUUGGUGCACAUCCACGCGAUUCUUCCAUGGCAUCUGGAGGUGGUGCUACACCAAGAGGUUAUGGUAACGCUACACCUUGGCAAGGUGGAGGUAAAACACCAUUUGGUCAAGGUGGUGCUACACCUUGGGGUGCAGGUGGCCGUACACCAGCAGCAGGUGCCUGGGCUGCAGGAUCAAAGACACCUGGUGUACGUGGUGGUGCAACACCUGGUUGGGGCGCAGGCGCAAGGACACCUGCAGCAGGUGCAUGGGCUGCAGGAUCGAAGACACCUGGUGUACGUGGUGGUGCAACACCUGGAUGGGGCGCAGGCGCAAGAACUCCAGCAGCAGGUGCAUGGGGUGCAGGAUCAAAAACACCAAGUUGGAACGCAGGUUCGAAAACACCAGGUGGUGCUGCGUGGGGUAAUAAUACACCUGGUCAACAAUUGAAUGAUCUAAAUGAACAAAAUUGGGGAUCAGUUUCACCCAAUCGUUAUUCAAAUGCUGCUUCCUCAAAUUCACCUUCGAGGGAUAAAUCUUCAUCUGGAUUUCAGAAACCAUCAGAUCGUUCUAAUGAAGUUUCAUCAUUUGACGAUCGCCAAGGUAAUGCAGCGUGGGAGUCAAUACAUAAUGAUGGAGAAAGUUCGGUAGAUAUCAGCAGUAUGUCAUUACAAAAUAAAGAUACGAGUUGGGACACCCAAGAUGAUUAUUCAGCUCCAACCCCUUAUGGCGGAGCACCUACGCCUUAUGGAGGAGCACCUACUCCUGGUGGAGCACCUACACCUGGAGUAGGAUACACACCUGGUUAUAGCGCACCAACUCCAGGUGGAGGAGGUCUCGCCCCUACACCAUAUGGUGCACCAACUCCAGGUGGUGGUGGAUAUGCAUCUACACCUUAUGAUAGUAGUUCAGGACCUCAAAUGCAUUCGUCAAGAAUGCAAAUUAGGCAUGGUCCACCAGUCAAUUGGUUCAGAGAUAACGUUGAUAUUAAAGUAAAGAUCGAUUCAGUUAGACAAUUUGAAGAUGGCAAGUUUGAUGGAAAAUACGGAUCGUUACUUAGGUGUAACGCUUAUGAUAACGUAAUAGUAAAGUUAUUAGAUGAAAGUAAUAAUGAGAAGAUAACUUUAUCAAAUCGAUUUAUUUCACCUGUUCAACCUGGUGAUAGUGCAUUUGACAAAGGACAAAACGCUAUGGUCAUUGAAGGAGAAUACAAAGGAGAGCUAGCUAAAUUAAUAAGCAAUGAUGAAGAUGAGUGGAUGGUAAAGGUAUUUCCAUCAGGUGAAGAGAAAUUUUUGAAUACUUAUUCUAUGGCGCAACAUGUAAAGUGAAUAAUCUAAAGUUUGUAUGAAUGUAUAUAUUUAAUGAAAAACGAUAUUAUA